AAGAGUAUACGAACCAUUCGCAUUCUCUGGAUAGCGCCAAAAUGGCUUCCAGAUAUUCUCCACUCCCUCUCUCUCUCUCACUCACUCUGAUCCUAUCUUCCAUUUCAUAAUCUGGGGUGCCCUUUAAGCCCCUUCCAGAUUUAGGAGUCAGAUUUUUUUUCUUCAACUGAAACAACAAUGGCAUCUUCACUCACCCCCAUCUCAGCAAUUACUUCAAACACCCAAUCAUUGCCCGUAUCCACAAGGAAACCUUCAGUUUAUUCUGCCCUGAACGCAAGAGCCAUGGCCAAAGAGCUCUACUUCAACCAUGAUGGUUCAGCCACUAGAAAGCUCCUGGCAGGGGUGGACUUGGUGGCAGAGUUGGUGGGAGUAACUCUGGGUCCAAAGGGCAGGAACGUGGUGUUGCAGAACAAGUAUGGGCCUCCCAAGAUUGUCAAUGAUGGUGAAACUGUUCUCAAAGAGAUAGAGCUGGAAGAUCCUUUGGAAAACGUUGGGGUGAAAUUGGUGAGACAAGCUGGAGCAAAGACGAAUGAUCUUGCUGGUGAUGGUUCCACUACAUCAAUAGUUCUUGCUCGAGGUUUAAUUGCUGAAGGUGUGAAGGUUAUUGCAGCAGGCCUGAACCCCAUUCAGAUCUCCCGAGGAAUUGAGAAAACUGCAAAGGCCCUUGUUUCUGAACUCAAACAAAUGUCCAGAGAGGUAUUCAGGAUAAAAUUUGCAAAAAAAAAAACCAUAUUGACUAUAACACAGGUGGAAGAUCAUGAGCUUGCAGAUGUAGCAGCUGUUAGUGCAGGAAAUGAUUAUGCCGUAGGAAACAUGAUAUAUGACGCACUUCAACAAGUAGGAAGAAGGGGUGUAGUUACAAUUGAGAAAGGAAAUUAUGCUGAGAAUGCUUUGCAGAUUGUAGAAGGAAUGCAUUUUGAUCGUGGAUACUUGUCCCCUUACUUUGUAACUGAUAGGCAGAAAAUGAUAGUGGAGUUCCAUGACUGCAAGUUACUUCUGGUCGACAAAAAAAUCACAAACCCAAAGGAGAUGUUUAAAUUAUUGGACAAUGCUGUUAAGGAGAAAUACCCAAUUGUGAUAGUUGCAGAGGGCAUUGAGCCGGAAGCUCUGGCUCCAGUAAUUAGGAACAAACUCAGGGGCGUGCUGAGGGCAGCUGCUAUUAAAGCUCCUGCCUUUGGUGAGCGCAAGAGCCACUACUUAGAUGACAUCGCUAUCUUGACUGGAGGGACUGUAGUCAGGGAUGACAUGGGCUUGUCCCUUGAAAAGGCUGGAAAGGAGGUACUGGGUAGUGCUACCAAGGUGGUGAUAACUAAGGAUUCUACAUUGAUUGUAACAGAUGGAACCACUCAAGAGGCUGUCAAGAAGAGAAUUUCUCAAAUUCAAAAGCUUGUUGAGAACACUGAAGAAAAAUUUCAGAAGAAAAUACUGAAUGAACGAAUAGCAAGGUUAUCUGGAGGAAUUGCCAUUCUACAGGUAGGAGCACAAACACAAGUGGAGCUGAAGGAUAAGCAUUUGAGAAUUGAAGAUGCUCUUAAUGCGACUAAGGCAGCUAUUGAGGAAGGCAUUGUUGUUGGUGGUGGUUGCAGCCUUUUGAGGCUAUCUUCAAAAGUAGAUCAUAUCAAGGAAAUUCUGGGCGAUGAAGAGCAGAAGAUUGGAGCCGAGAUCUUCAGGAGAGCUUUGACCUAUCCUAUAAGGCAGAUAGCUAAGAAUGCUGGUGUAAAUGGCAACAUUGUUAUAGAUAAGGUUCUGUCCAAUCACGAUUUAAGGUAUGGGUACAAUGCUGCAACAGACCACUAUGAGGAUCUAAUGGCUGCUGGAAUUAUUGAUCCAUCAAAGGUAGUUAGAUGUUGUUUGGAGCAUGCAGCAUCUGUUGCCAGAACAUUUUUGACAUCGGAUGCAGUUGUUGUCGACAUCAAGGACCCAGAGCCCGUCCCGAUUAGAAAACCUAUGCCGACAUCAGUUCGUGCAGGCAUUGGACCCGUUGGGUUUUAGUUCGUGGGAAUCCAUUGCUAUCUCAUAUUUUUACUGUUCAUGCUCAAGGUCCAUCAUUUCAGAUAAUGAGUUAUGCCAGAGCUCCAAAACAGCUUAACACUUGACCUGAAUUUGCACCAGCCAUUAUUCAUCGUGGUCUUUUAUUUCAAGUAGACUUGCCAAAGGAGUAGUUUCAGUUCAUUCCUUCAGAUCAUGUUGAUUCCAUGUCAUGUUGACAAAACAAGCAUUUUAACUGCAGAUUGCACCAAAUGAAGGCUAGUUUCUUGAAGAGAAUGAUGCACUCUUUGUCUGGUUUGACUUGCAAAAAUCGAGUGAUCUCAUGAAUAAGAGGAUCUAACAUAUGAUCACUUUAGCUCACCGCGAGUAGAGGAAUAGCAUGGACCCUGAAGCUUGCUACCUGAGCCAAGCCAAAUUUUGUAGGAAACAACAUCACACUGGAAUGCCUGAAGGAAAAACCUUAGCUUUGUGCUAUUGUGGUAUUUUUUAUAUUCUCAGUGUUACUUGCACUUAAUCUUGAAACCAUACUUCUGAGUCCUGCUGAUUCAAGAAACUAUGUGCAUUGUGGAAUCUAUAAUGAUUUAUUUGGCU